AUGGAUCAAAAUAUGCUAUCUGAAAUCGGUAUCAUUGAGUCACCUUACACGCAAAACAAAGAAAAAACUGAUGAGAUAUUAUCAAGCCCUUGUCCUAACUUUCUGGAUGAUUUCUAUUUGAACAGUGACUGUGAGAUAGAAGAUGUAGCGAAAUCGACUCGUAAGCAAAAACUAGUAGCUAAGACGUCUACUUCAAAUAAAAGAAUUAAAAAAUCUGCUGAACUUGCGGAAAUUACGCCUAAACGAAGGUCUCUUCGUCAGAAAUCUUUGAUUUCUCAAACGCAAACUCAAAAUAGUCCGAAAUUAUAUAUACAAGCUUCAUCUAAAGAUUCCUGCUACCAUCAUUCACAAACCAAACCCACAACAACUAAUACAAAUAGUAAAAGUAGCAAUAAAGCAAAAACAGACCAAAAUUUAUAUAAAUCAAAAACUAAAACGAUUUUACGGAUCCAUAACAAAAAAGAAUACACUAAUACGACUAAAUCAACCUCAUUAACAGAUAAACUUACAACUAAUAAAACAAGUAAAGCUAUUGGUCUUUGUGAAUGGGUAGGAAAAGAACUUGCUUAUGGAGUACAAAACUUAAAGGAAAACCAGUUUACAACUCCUAAUGAAGUUGGCAGCCCUUUAGAAUAUUUUUAUAAAUUUAUUGACGAAGAUUUAAUACAGUACAUAAGAGAUCAAACAAUUUUGUAUGCGUACCAAAAAGAUUCCAAAGAAUUAACGUUGAGUACACAAGAUAUCAAGGAUUUUUUUAGUGUUGAGAUAUUUAUGGGUAUUAUCCAGUUACCCGCGUAUGUUGAUUAUUGGUCUAAGGAUUUUAAAGUAGAUUGUGUUAUAAAUGUGAUGUCCCUCAAAAAAUAUCAGUUAAUAAGACGUUAUCUCCAUUUCAAUGACAGUGAAGUUGAAAAUGAGAGCAAUGACCGUUAUUACAAAAUUCGCCCUCUGUUUGAUAAAGUUAUAUCCAACUGCAGAAAGAUUGAAGAAGAAAGUAGAAUGUCCAUUGAUGAGAUGAUGGUACCGUAUAAAGGGAAGAAGUCAGGUGAAUUAAAACAAUACAUAAAAACUAAGCCUAAAAAGUGA